AUGUUCGCCCCUUUCAAGGUUGCGGUCUUGUUGACCGUCUGCAUCCUCGCAACCCUGACUCUGGCUUCCGAAAACGUUGGUGCCGUUGAAACCGUGCAUGACGAUGAGUCCUUCAUUGCCAUUCCUCUUGCCAUGCAUGAGCACGAUCCCCGCGACGUGACCAUCAUCAAAACCAUCUGUGAGACUUCGACCUCGGUGAUCUCCACUACUGGUCCCGCGAACCCACCCGCGACGGGCACCACCGGGCUCCCUCCUGCCAACCCCACUAGUCAGUCCUCGAGUCACUCGGAAUCCCAGAGUGCUCCUCCCGCUCCCACUACUGUGCCUGGUACUGUGGUGCAGCCUCCUGUGACUUCGAAGCCCGAGGGAGUUUCUCCUACCUCGGUGCCUGGCACUACUGGACAGACUCCUGCGCAGCCGCCCGUGACUUCGAAGACCGAGGCAGCUCCCAGCCCAACCUCAAACACCAAGGAGACUUCUAGUCUGCCCAGCACCAGUGCCUCUCACUCGGCUUCCCCUGUCUCCUCUAGUACGCAGGACAUCACCCACUCAGCUACCACUCUGACCACCGCUUCUGGUACUGGUACUUCGGCCGCCAGUGGCACUCAUACCACCGCGCCCCCUUCGAGCGAGGCUUCCGGUAAUGGUGGCAUGCGUGCUGCUCUUCUGGCCUUCGCGGCAACUUUCCUUAUCUUCUUCAGUAUCUAA